AUGUUUGUUCGAUUUUUAAGUGGAGAUAAUACAAUAAAAGAAGAAUUAUUACUAUCACAAGUAUUAGAAACUACGUCGAUAGGGGUUGACGUUAUGAAAAUAAUUCUUGAUUAUUUUAAAAAACAUAAACUAAUGUGGGAAAAUCUUGCUGGAUUUUGUACUGAUGGCGCUCCUGCUAUGCUCGGGUCACGUUCAGGUUUAGCUACAUUGGUAAAACAAAUAAAUCCUACCACAUUAACUACGCAUUAUAUUAUACAUCGUCAAGCGUUGGCGUUCAAAACAUUACCAAAAGACCUAGCUUUUGCGAUGAAAAUAUCUAUACAGUUAGUGAAUGCUGUUGAAAAUAGUGCACUCAAUACACGUGUUUUUCAAAAAUUAUAUGCAAAUAUGGACGCUGAGCAUGAAAUAUUACUAUUUCAUACUGAAACAAGAUGGCUUACGAAAGGAAAUAUGUUGGCACGUUUAUUUGAGCUUCGAGAGGAGAUGAAGGUUUUUUUAAUCGAUAAAGGUAUGAACUAUUUACAUGAGCAACUUUCUGAGCCAAAAAUUGAAAUGCAAAUUGCAUAUCUUGCGGAUAUAUUUGCCCAUUUAAAUCACCUAAAUUUGCAACUGCAAGGUUCUGGUAAUGUUAAACUUGAAGGUUCCGUAAAUAUUUUCGUAUUUGAAGAUAAAGUUUGCGCUUUUGUCUGCAAGAUAAAUCUUUGAAUUGACAAAACUCAGGUGAAAAAUUAUUCUGUAUUUCCUACACUGCGAGUUCUUAUUGAUGAUGAACACUACAAAUGUUUUACAGAAGAUAUUCAGAAUAAUGUAUUAGAACACUUAAGAGUCCUUAAAGAGGAAUUUACCAGAUACUUUCCAGAAUAUGGUGUAGUAGACACUGAUGUUGUUAAGAAAUUAAUUCGUAAUCCUUUCACUGUCGAAGUCAACAACGUUCAAGAAGAAAUGCAAGUAGAAUUAAUAGAUCUUCAAAACGACAGCAACUUGAAGAGUUAA